CCCUGGCUGUCUCUUCUGGUCUGGAUUUGUGAUCUGGACGUGACUGAGUGACUGACCGGUAGCAGAGGCGAGUCAUGGGUUUGCUGUUGAUGGUAAUGAGCUGUGUGACCUCUUAUUCUGUGAUGGUCCUGAUCACAACUCAAGGGGUGUGUGGUCAGCAGUGGAGUGUCUCUUACCAACCUGAGAGUAUCUGUGCUUUUGUGGGGGAUUCAGUGGACAUGUCCUGCUCUUACACCUACCCCAGUGGGCUGAGUAUUAAGCAAGCUUACUGGACAAACAAAUACUAUGGGGAUUAUCCUGAUCUCCGUUAUGACGUAAACUAUAAAUCCAGGAUCCAUGUUAAUUGCAGCAGAGCUGGGAGAUGCCAGUUACGUGUAAACUCAUUAACUACAUCAGAUAUUGGUCCGUUUAUCUGCAGGAUUACAACAGAUAAUGAACGUGGAAAGUGGACUGGAACACCAGGGGUCCAGCUGUAUGUCAGAGAUGCCCCUCAGACUCCAUUCAUGUCCAUCAGUCCUUCUGGUGACAUAGUGGAAGGAACAAACGUCACUCAGACCUGCAGCAGCAGAUCUGAUCUACCAGUGCAGAAAUGCAGCUGGUACAAGACUGGUAGCCAUGUAGCCCUGCAGCAACAAUCUUCAUACACUUAUACCAUGUGUAACAUCAAGCCAAUACACAGUGGACAAUAUUACUGUCACAUAAGAUAUGCCUGUGGCUAUAAGAACUCAACUCUUAUUAACCUGAAGGUUUUCUACCCUCCAAGGAACACAAAGGUUGUGAUUGAUAAUCCUGGACAGAUAGCUGAGGGAGGCAGAGUGACUCUGACCUGCAGCAGUGAUGCCAACCCACCACCACACACAUACAGCUGGUACAAGGGACGUGCACAGCUGAGCUACAGACAGAAGAUGUUAACCUUCAGUAAUGUCCAUUCUGAGGACAGUGGAAACUACAGCUGUCAGGCCACUAACACCUAUGGUUCCAAUGCAUCUCCUAAUACAGAAAUACAUGUUUUAUAUGGUCCAAGGACUCCAGUGGUUGUGAUUGACCCUCCUGGGAACAUAACUGAGGGAAGCAGAGUGACUCUGACCUGCAGCAGUGAUGCCAACCCACCAGUGGAGAGCUACACCUGGUUUAAGGUAAAUGAGUCCACUCCAGUAGGAUCAGGACAGCAGUACAGCAUCACUGACAUCAGACCUGAGGAUGGAGGACAGUACUACUGUGUGGCCAGGAACAGACUUGGAUCACAUGUGUCUACUGCUGUAUCCAUCACAGCCAGGAACAAAUAUGGAGCUGAGAACUCAACUACUGUGUCCAUCACUGUUACAAGUUGGCAGAGCCCUCUCUCAACUGCUGUGAUAACAGUCUCUGUCUGUGGAGCUGUGGGACUCCUCUGUUUGGUUUUCUUAAUGAGCAAGAAAUGCAAGAAAAAUGCAACACAGACAAGGGAAGACCGGAAUACCCGGGAUUAUGUUAAUGUUGCCCAGAGUGGACCAUCUGAUGGCACCCAACCUGAUGCUGUUUACCAGAGCCUGAACCCCAACACCACCCAACCUGAUGCAGUUUACCAGAGCCUUCACCUCAACACCAUCCAACCUGAUGCAGUUUACCAGAGCUUGAACCCCAACACCAUGCAACCUGAUGCAAUUUACCAGAGCCUGAACCCCAACACCACCCAACCCAAUUCAAAUACUACCUAAAAUGCAAUUAUGAUAGGAUAAGGGCCCCUAUUUUGACUAUUUAUAUGUCACCCCCAUGUUCAUUGACUGUGUGCUACCUUCGCAGAAGCCCCUGUUUGCAGCGUGCAGAUCGAGGCUCAAUGUGUGGGGGAGCUAAACGUGGCUACUUUCCAGCGCUACUGGACCACAUGGAAAAGUUAUACAAUUUUGUGGGACAAUUGUGACUGGGCCUUACAAAAAAAAAAAAAACGGUAGCCUACAAUUCGGCUUUCUAGUAA